GAGGAGAGCAUGAUCCGCAACCUCGAGCAGCUGAACCAGCAUCGGCAAGCCUCGGCCCUCAUCCGGCAAAAACGCCAGGAGGAGGGGGAACAGAGGAUGAAGCAGAUGAGAGAGGAGCUUAAGAACGAGCUGCAGGUAGACUUCCACGAGUUGGCGACUGGGCCCCCGAAGAAUCCCAAAGGCGCGAUGCACCGCUUGGCGAAGAUCGAGGACAACGCCAAAGAGAACGGGGCCGUGCUGCAGGAGCACCGCCUGUUCCUCAACUCCGUGCACGCCAUGCGCGGGUCCCGCCCCCCAUCGGCGCCCCUGGACGAGCGCCACAGCCGGGCCGUGGAGGAGGGUGCGCGGUGGAUGGGCCCGGCGAUGCAGGCCGCCGCUUUCCACAAGGCUCGCGCCGCCGGCGACAGGGAGCCGCGGCCGUCGUCCGCGCCGGCCGGCGCCGCCACGAGGCGGCCCUGCAGCGCCGCGCCCGGCGCGGCCGCGGGCGCGGCGGGCUACGGCCGCCCGGCCUCGAGGUCCUCGGCGCAAGCGUUGCGGGCGGCCACGCCCGAACCCGCGAUAGCGCAGCAGCCGUGCGAGGCGGUGCCGCAGUCUGGGCUCUACUCCUGGAGG